GAGCUGACCGGUUCAACAUUCUAGAAACAGCAGGGCUUGUGGAAAGAGCUCAGUUUGUUAGUAUCCAUAUAACUAUUAUAAUACAAAAUAUUUCACCAUGGAUGAAGACGUAGCAGCACUCGUUAUUGAUAAUGGAUCUGGUAUGUGCAAAGCCGGUUUCGCCGGUGAUGAUGCCCCAAGAGCUGUUUUCCCAUCAAUUGUUGGACGACCAAGACAUCAGGGUGUCAUGGUUGGUAUGGGACAGAAAGACAGUUAUGUUGGAGAUGAAGCCCAAUCCAAAAGAGGUAUCCUCACCUUGAAAUACCCCAUUGAACACGGUAUCGUCACCAACUGGGAUGAUAUGGAAAAGAUCUGGCAUCACACUUUCUACAAUGAACUUCGAGUUGCUCCAGAAGAACAUCCCGUCCUUUUAACUGAAGCUCCCCUCAACCCCAAAGCCAACAGAGAAAAGAUGACCCAAAUCAUGUUUGAAACCUUCAAUUCACCAGCUAUGUAUGUUGCUAUCCAAGCUGUAUUAUCCUUGUAUGCUUCUGGUCGUACCACCGGUAUUGUACUGGAUUCUGGUGAUGGUGUCACCCACACCGUCCCCAUCUAUGAAGGUUAUGCCCUUCCCCACGCCAUCAUGAGAUUGGAUUUGGCUGGUAGAGAUUUGACCGAUUACUUGAUGAAAGUCUUGACCGAGAGAGGUUACUCAUUCACUACCACAGCUGAGAGAGAAAUUGUUCGAGAUAUCAAGGAAAAAUUAUGUUAUGCUGCUCUUGAUUUCGAACAAGAAAUGGCAACGGCUGCCUCGUCAUCAUCUUUGGAAAAGAGUUAUGAACUUCCUGAUGGUCAAGUCAUCACUAUUGGUAACGAAAGAUUCCGAUGCCCAGAAGCUGUUUUCCAACCAUCUUUCUUAGGUAUGGAAUCUUCUGGUAUUCAUGAAACAACUUACAAUUCUAUAAUGAAAUGCGAUGUUGAUAUCCGUAAAGACUUGUAUGCCAAUACUGUAUUAUCUGGAGGUUCUACCAUGUAUCCUGGUAUUGCCGACAGAAUGCAGAAAGAAAUCACUGCCUUGGCCCCAGCCACAAUGAAGAUAAAAAUUAUUGCCCCACCAGAGAGGAAAUAUUCCGUAUGGAUUGGUGGUUCCAUCUUGGCUUCUCUCUCGACCUUCCAACAGAUGUGGAUCUCCAAACAAGAAUAUGAUGAAUCCGGUCCCGCAAUCGUCCACAGAAAAUGUUUCUAAACAUAUUAGUCAGUAUUACUAUAUGGAGUACUAACAUUGUGAUGCUCUGAACUGUUUAAAGGUGAAAAAUCAAGCAAUGGUCGAGAUCCAGCUGUGUCGAUCCAUCUGAAAAUUUAAGAUCUUCAGAACUAAAUGAAACCAAUUCUUUAAAAAAAAACAAACAUAACAUAACAUAAAAACAAAACAAUCGACCCCAUAUUUAAAGACAGAAAUCUCAUUUGUCAAUCAUUAAUUUAUAAUUGUGCGGACAUAAUGUUGAUUUUUAUUGUUAAUGUUUAAUCUUUUUUGUACAAUAGUUUUAUACAAAAAAUACAAAAAAAUCCUCAGA